CCCCGCCCCCGGCCUGGCCGGGACAGGCGACCCCGCCCCUGCCUGCCCAGCUGCCGGGUGGCCGUCCUCAGCCUCCUGCCCUCUGUAGCCUCACCUCUGACCCCUAGGCCGUGCCUUCCCACCCCCUCCAGUGUGUCUGUCUCAACCCUUCCAGUUUCUCCAAAUAGGGCAAGCCCGACAGUGUGAGGGACCUCCAGAGUUCGGGGGUCGCGAAGCCGCCCCUUGCCCCCAGGCGGGACUCUACCAGCCCAGCUUUUUUAGCAGUGUUUAGGACACCCGUUACUGACCCACAACUACCAGGGUAGCUUUUGCAGGGGUUCCAGUGUCUACAGGGCAAGAAAUGGAAACAGACCCGUGCCUUAACUGGAGCUGAGCUGAGGGCUCUAGCUCUCAGGGCCAGAGUGGGGCAAGAGGAUGCUUUCCCAGCCCCACCAUGGAGCUGCGCUGUGGGGGAUUGCUGUUCAGUUCUCGCUUUGAUUCAGGGAACCUAGCCCAUGUGGAAAAGGUGGAAUCUGUGUCUAGUGAUGGGGAAGGAGUAGGAGUAGGAGGAGGGGCAUCGGCCCCCACUGUUAGCAUUGCUUCUUCCCCUGACUACGAGUUCAACGUGUGGACCCGACCAGACUGUGCAGAAACCGAAUUUGAGAACGGGAACAGGUCAUGGUUUUACUUCAGUGUCCGGGGAGGAACUCCAGGGAAACUCAUCAAGAUCAACAUUAUGAACAUGAACAAGCAAAGCAAACUUUAUUCCCAGGGUAUGGCCCCCUUUGUGCGCACACUGCCCUACCGGCCACGCUGGGAACGCAUUCGAGACCGGCCCACCUUUGAAAUGACAGAGACGCAGUUUGUGUUAUCCUUUGUUCAUCGUUUUGUGGAGGGCCGUGGGGCCACCACCUUCUUCGCCUUCUGCUACCCUUUCUCCUACAGUGACUGCCAGGAUUUGCUAAACCAAUUAGACCAGCGCUUUCUGGAGAACCACCCUACCCAUAACAGCCCCCUGGAUACCAUCUAUUACCACCGGGAGCUCCUUUGCUAUUCUCUGGAUGGACUUCGUGUGGAUCUGUUAACAAUCACUUCCUGCCAUGGGCUUCGAGAAGAUCGAGAGCCCCGACUAGAGCUGCUGUUUCCUGAUACCAGCACCCCCCGACCAUUCCGUUUUACAGGCAAGAGGAUCUUCUUCUUAAGCAGCAGAGUACACCCUGGGGAGACUCCAUCUAGCUUUGUCUUCAAUGGCUUUCUGGACUUCAUCCUUCGACCCGAUGACCCCCGGGCCCAAACCCUACGCCGCCUUUUUGUAUUUAAGCUGAUUCCCAUGUUGAAUCCUGAUGGUGUGGUCCGGGGCCACUACCGCACUGAUUCACGGGGAGUGAAUCUGAACCGUCAGUACCUGAAACCUGAUGCUGUCCUGCACCCGGCCAUUUUUGGGGCUAAAGCUGUGCUUCUUUACCACCAUGUGCACUCUCGUCUGAACUCCCAGAGUCCCUCUGAACACGAGCCCAGUCCCCGCCUCCCUUGUGAUGCUCCUCUUUCUGAUCUUGAGAAAGCCAACAAUCUCCACAAUGAAAGUCGCCUUGGACAGUUAUCUGACAGUGAUAACCCUGAGACCUGGACCCAGGCAGAGCCAGUGGAACAGAAGGCCAACAGUGAGUGGAUUAUGCCAGAACAGUCUACUGAACUUGAGGCACCAGCCCCUGACACAAUUCCCCCCAAAGAGAGUGGUGUUGCUUACUAUGUGGACCUGCACGGACAUGCUUCCAAAAGGGGCUGCUUCAUGUACGGAAACAGCUUUAGUGAUGAGAGCACCCAGGUGGAAAACAUGCUAUAUCCAAAGCUCAUCUCCUUGAAUUCAGCCCACUUUGACUUCCAGGGCUGCAAUUUCUCAGAGAAAAAUAUGUACGCUCGAGACCGUAGAGAUGGCCAAUCCAAAGAGGGAAGCGGUCGUGUUGCAAUCUACAAAGCCUCAGGGAUAAUCCACAGCUACACACUUGAAUGCAACUACAACACUGGACGCUCAGUAAACAGCAUCCCUGCUGCCUGCCACGACAAUGGGCGUGCCAGCCCUCCUCCCCCGCCAGCUUUCCCUUCCAGAUACACUGUGGAACUAUUUGAGCAGGUGGGACGAGCUAUGGCCAUUGCAGCUCUGGACAUGGCAGAAUGUAAUCCAUGGCCACGAAUUGUGCUGUCAGAGCACAGCAGCCUCACUAAUCUACGGGCCUGGAUGCUAAAGCAUGUACGAAACACCCGAGGCCUCAGCAGCACUGUGAACAUGGGCAUCAGCAAGAAGAGAGGCUCUCGAACUCCACCCAAAAGUAACAAUGUAUUGCCCAUUUCCUGCUCUGAAAACACCUUGAGCCGGGCACGAAGUUUUAGCACUGGCACAAGUGCUGGUGGUAGCAGCAGCAGCCAACAGAAUUCUCCACAGAUGAAGAACUCCCCCAGCUUUCCUUUUCAUGGCAGUCGGCCUGCAGGGCUGCCAGGCCUGGGCUCUAGCACCCAAAAGGUCAACCACCGGGUGCUGGGUCCUGUCAGAGAGCCCCGAAGCCAGGACAGGAGACGGAGGCAACAGCCACUGAACCAUCGACCUCCUGCAAGCAGCCUGGCCCCAUCCCCAACUCCUGCUAGUACUGGCCCAGCCUCCUCACGCAACCUGGGCUCCUGCCUCCUGCCCAAUUCACUCAGUCUAUCAGGGAGUAGCUGCUCACUCUUAUCUUCAGGGGACAAGCCAGAGGCUGUCAUGGUGAUUGGGAAAGGUCUGCUAGGGGCUGGCGCUCGGAUCCCCUGCAUCAGGACUCGAUUGCAGACUCUUAUGCAUGGAAACUCAAGAGGCAAACCUAGAAGCAGAAAAGCUCAUGGAAGAACCCAGCCUCUUAGCCUAAUCCUGUCUACACAGGCUAGGCCCAGGUUGGGCCGGGGCUCACCGCCGACUUGCAGAGGGGUAAGAGGCUCUUCAGGCCCCACAUCCCCUAUCUCCAGGACCAGAGAAAGCAGUGAGCCAGAGGCGGGACCCGGUCCUGCUAUACCAGGGAUGCCUCAGGCCGGCCCCCCACGGCCCCGCUCUGCCCCUGCCUUUUCUCCUAUUUCCUGUACUCUAUCUGAUGUCCCAUCCCGGAUUUGUUACAGCAGGGGGCCCUUGGGCCAGCCUGAGGUUUGUUUUGUACCUAAAUCUCCCCCACUCACCGUUUCUCCCCGGGUUUGAUAAUGCCUUUACUUCCAUGCCCAGGAUAGGGUCCCAAAGUUGGGGAACACAGUGAGAAAUAUGAUAGUCCCCUCCUUGGGCUGCAGAUUCCAUGUUACAACAUAACUCUUUGGAAUGCCAGCCACUAUCUGAGGCCUUGCAGAGCAUUACCUUGAGAUGGGACAAAACAGGGACCUGUACCCCUUCCCUCCCUCCACAGCACAAGAUUUUGGGACCACAAAAAAAUAUAUAUCUAUAUUUUUGUAUUGGGGGGAGGGGAGGGAGUAGAAAAGCAGCCCCUAUACUGGGCCCUAUUCAGUGGCAGCUUCUUGUUCCAUAGGGUUAAGGAAGACUUUGAGGAAAUAAAAGUUGUUUGGAAAAAUC